AUGUGCGUUUCGGAGUUGGACAAGAAGCUUCAAGUGACAUCCUCGGGCGAAAAUUUCGACGAUAUUAAAGAACUUUUGGAUGAAUCGAUUAGAGCGUACUUCUUUAUUCGACUAAUUGUCGGGGAUGAGCUGAGCAAACGUACAAAAUUCGCUUUAGUUACCUGGAUCGGGAAUAAUUGUGGUCCUCUUAAAAAAGGCCUUAUUAUGCAGGAGAAACCAAAAAUUCGUGAGUGCAUCCAGAAUGUAGCUGUUGAUCUCACGUUCAGUGACGCUUCCGACUUUACUCAGUCAGCUAUCGAAGAGGCAAUGCGAAAAGCGGGAGGUGCCAAUUACGGUCGUGGAUGA